AUGGUUCAGCUUGGAUCGAUCUUCGGUGCUCUCUUCGCUUUCCCCAUCACCGACCGCAUUGGUAGACUCUGGGCUGUCAGAGAACUAUGCUUGGUCUGGGUCGCUGGUAUCUCCAUCUUCCUUGGUGCUGCUGCCCAUGGCAGUCUUGGCAUGGUUUACGCCGGUAGAUUCAUCGCUGGCUUGGGUAUUGGCCAAACAACAGUCGUCGCUCCCACAUAUCUUGCAGAAGUUGCUCCCAAGUCCAUCCGUGGUUUGUGUGUCGGUAUCUUCUCUGGCUCAGUCUACCUUGGUAUCAUGCUUGGAUACUUCGCCUCGUACGGCACGUCGCUGCACAUCAGCAACCACAACAUGCUUCAAUGGGUGAUUCCCAACACACUUCACCUCUACUUCGCUGCCAUCAUCUUCACCCUGAGCUUCUUCGCCAUUGAGAGUCCCCGUUGGCUUAUCAAGACGAAGCAGCAGGGCAAGGCUGUUGACAACCUCUGCAAGCUGCGUGGUCUUGGACAAGAUCAUGAGCUUGUGCAGUCGGAAGUCAUCGAUAUCAACAGUCAACUCGAACGCGAGCAGGAAGCCACCAUGGGUGCUUCCAAGGUUGGUCUCCUUCGUGAACUGUUUGUCAUGCCCUCGAACAGAUACCGUAUCUUCCUGGCUAUCUUUGCUCAGCUGCUUGGUCAGUGGAGUGGCGCUGGUUCCAUCACUGUCUACGCUCCUCAGUACUUUGCACUCAUGGGUACGACUGGCACACAGGAGAAGCUUCUUGCUACUGGUAUCUUCGGUCUUGUCAAGUUCAUCAGCGCCCUCAUCUGUGCCUUCUUCCUGGUUGAUUUCAUUGGUCGUAAGCGUUCUCUGAGCAUCGGUAUCACGAUCCAGUUCGUCGCUAUGCUGUACAUGGCCAUGUUCCUUUCUAUCGACAACACCAUCGGAGACAAGGGCAAUGUCCAGACGACCAGUCAAAAGCAUGCCGCACAGGGUGCUAUCGCCAUGAUCUACUUCUCUGGAUUUGGUUGGGCUAUGGGUAAGUUGUUCAACUUCAUUGCUGCCAGACCAUCGCUAACAGUAUCUUGUANNGGCUGGAACUCGAUCCAGUAUCUUAUCAACGCGGAAAUCUUCCCCCUCCGUCUGCGUGCUAUCGGUGGAUCCCUUGCCAUGGCAUUCCACUUCGUCAACCAGUACGGCAACUCAAAAGCCGUUCCCGAGAUGUUUGUUGGCAUGACCACAGCCGGCACCAUGUACUUCUUCGCAGCCAUCACAUUGAUUGGUCUCGCCUGGGUGUACUUCUUCCUGCCCGAAACCAGUGGUCGUUCUUUGGAGAGUCUGGAUGCUGUCUUCGAGCUGCCUUGGUACAAGAUCGGAAGAUAUGGCAGCAAGGUCGCUGUGUCGCCUACCUUCAUCGAGGACGACGGUACCAUGGCAGAAAAGAACCAGAAGGUGGAGUACCUGGAGUCGAAACCUCAAGGUGCCUAA